AUGUCCAAACGCUCAUCUAAACUCGACUCUAGCUUAGACCUUGACCUUGCCAUUACCGCAAGAAUUUUGACGCAUAAAUUAAGUGCUUGGAGUAUGCCUCCAUACUCCGAGUUCUCUGAAUUAGCUUCUUCGUUAGGCCCAACCUCCUUGCAGGAGGUUGUACCUCCGUUCCCCGAGGAUUAUCUGGAAAAGGUCUUGGACUCUCUUCGUGGUGGAGAAUCCUCCUGUACCAACUACAGGAGUGGUGACACCACCUCUGGAGUUUGAGGCAUUACUGAAAUAACACCUGCUGAUGUGGAAGAUGAUGACAAACAGGCAUGAUCCUUAGGAUCACCCGGCUUGUCAGGUUUUGUUCCAUAUUCUAAAAACAGCGAAAGCUGUGAUAAUCUUUCCAAACCUAACAUACCACCCAGUUCUCAAAAGGCAUCAAGGAAGAAGACUGAACAGAAAUAUGAAAAGAAAAAUAUCUACUAUAAGGCUAUCUUUCGUGACAUUAGGAGGUAUUUUUGAGAAGAGCUAAAAGCUCAUUCCUCCUCCCGUUUCCUGAGUGAAAACAUUUUGGAGUUUUUAAGGUCCAAGAUCCCAAUUUGUCAGGUGAACGAGCAAGAAAUGGUAUCAAUCCUAGGGCCAUUUCUCAACAAUAAUAAGUAUAUGUUGGAGGGACCUGAAAGGAAUGACCUUGACCACAAAUGAAUCUUGGAUUGCUUGCAUAACUUCACUCUUACCAAAAUGAAGAGGGUAUUGGCGUAUCCAGCCAUUAAAACUCUUGUAAAUUACUACCACGCACAUACAGUGGUCAGAGGAAGAUCUGCGAGGGUCGAAUCCCACAAAACCAUGAAAAGACAGCCCCAAAAGUACUUGGACGUGCUUGAGAAAAUUUUGGAUAUUGCUAACAAAACGUAGGCCAGACGUCGUAGUUCCUUUUAAAAUUAUUAAAUUUAAACAAGGUUAUAAAUCACAUGUUUUUGGGUAACUUCCUGCUUUUAGUCCACACUCUUUCGGAGCGAGGCAACUCCCCGACCUAGUUAUAUUCUGGUUAAAUACAACCGUUCUGGGCGGCAUUUACAGGCCUGUAUUCGAGAGGAUAAUGUCCUUGAUUUCUUUAGCCGGAUGGAUUUAUUCAUGUGCAAUUUUUCCUCCAUGACAUAAAGCGAAAACUUCA